CUGAUGAUCCUAAGGGGAAAAAAGUGGGGAGAGAAAAAGAUAUGUACCUUAGGGAAGAACCUCAGUAAGAGGGAGGGAAUCAGAGGACGAGUAGGAGCGUGUGUGCGAGUGUGUGAAAGAGACACUUACUCUCCUAACUACUACUGGAAGACACACACUUUUCUCACCCAACUCAAAGCAGCAGCAAACCUUGGAGAAUUGUUUUAUUUUUGUUUUUUCGCGAACCCCCCCAAAAAAAAUUCCUAAUUAUUCUCUCAAGCAUCCAUCUUUGCCUUGCCGGGAUUUAAUUUUCACCCCCUCUCUAGGAAUCCUAUGUACUGAUCAAUAGACCCUUUCCAUCCACACAAGACAUACCUCAUGGAUUUGUACCUGGUUGGAUUUCUCAUGUGCAUGUGGUUCUCCAGCUCUCGGGUGCUUGGAGGCUAUCCCAUCUGGUGGUCCCUGGCCCUUGGGCAGCAGUACUCAUCCAUUGGAUCCCAACCCAUCCUGUGUGGCUCCAUACCUGGCCUGGUGCCAAAACAGCUGCGCUUCUGCCGCAAUUACAUAGAGAUCAUGCCCAGUGUAGCGGAAGGAGUCAAACUGGGUAUCCAGGAGUGUCAGCACCAGUUCCGUGGUCGCAGGUGGAACUGCACCACUAUCAAGGACAGUCUAGCAAUAUUUGGACCAGUGCUUGAUAAAGCUACAAGGGAAUCUGCAUUUGUUCAUGCGAUUGCCUCAGCUGGAGUAGCAUUUGCAGUAACCCGUUCAUGUGCAGAGGGGACCUCCACUAUGUGUGGCUGUGACUCCCAUCAUAAAGGCCCACCGGGAGAAGGAUGGAAGUGGGGUGGCUGCAGUGAAGAUGCUGAAUUUGGGGUUUUGGUAUCUCGAGAGUUUGCAGACGCUCGUGAGAACCGGCCAGAUGCUCGGAGUGCCAUGAACAGGCACAACAAUGAGGCAGGACGAAUGACCAUAUUGGAGAACAUGCACCUGCGCUGUAAAUGCCAUGGGCUGUCAGGCAGCUGUGAAGUGAAGACGUGCUGGUGGGCGCAGCCUGACUUCAGACUGUUGGGGGACUACCUGAAAGACAAGUACGACAGCGCCUCUGAGAUGGUGGUGGAGAAACACCGGGAGUCCAGAGGCUGGGUGGAAACACUACGAGCCAAAUACGCCUUCUUCAAGCAUCCCACUGAGCGAGACCUGGUAUACUAUGAGGGAUCACCCAACUUCUGCGAGCCAAACCCAGAGACGGGCUCAUUCGGCACCCGUGACCGUGCCUGCAACGUGUCGUCGCACGGCAUCGAAGGCUGUGACCUGCUGUGCUGUGGCCGUGGCCAUAACACACGGACAGAAAAGCGCAAAGAGAAAUGCCACUGCAUCUUCCACUGGUGCUGUUACGUUAGCUGCCAGGAAUGUGUGAGGGUCUACGACGUACAUACAUGUAAAUAAGCACAGCGGGUCCAGAAAGAAAGGGACUAGUGGACAUUAAGCAAGAGAAUGAGAGACUGAGG